GGAUAGCGAGAGUGAACGUAACACAGAGAAUACUGAGUCCCUAAUGAGGGAGUAUUUUGUGCAGAUGGCCGAAGAGAGAAGGGAAAGGCUUGAACGCGAUAGGGAAGCGGAAAGGCAAAGGUUGGAGGAUAAGGCGCGUCGGGCGAAGGAAAUGAGGAAAGCAUUGAGAGAAGAGCAGAGACUUCAGCAUGAGGAGGAGCGAGAUGCACGGUUGAUGCGGAUCAUCCGCGGGAAAAUGAGAAAAGAUCGGGAAGAAGAGGUGGAACGGUAUGAGUAUAAAGGCAAGAAACUGGGUAAGAAGGCAUGCAAGAUGGACGCGAAUAGCGAGGAGAAAGAACGUCUUCGGAGAAUUAUUGCACUAAGGACGCUAGGCAUGGAGGAGAUUGAAGACGAAGAGUUGCUGGCGCUGCGACGGCAGGCAGCGAAAUUAAACCUGUUGGAGCAGCGCAAACGAGGUCCGGAAAUACAAGUGGGGAAUAGCCCACCGAUGACCACUCCAGAGAAACGAACGAACACAAGGCUUUUCGAGGAAUCAAAGGCGAGGAUCGAAGCAAUUCAAGGAGAGCCAGCUUUGGCGUCCUCGACAACAAGCACUCUGGUAAAGAUUGAUCUAUCUUUGAAACAUAUCAUGGCAGCCUGCGGACCAGGAGGGAGGGAUAAAUUUGAGCAGGACUGCCAAGAGUUUUACGAUGCGCUUACUAUCGAAGAACUGAAGGAGGCGUGCCGUCGCGAGAAGGGAUCUAUGGAAAACGAGAGUUGGCAAUCAAGCGCUUGAUCACUCGUCGGUCGACUGUUGCGUAUGACCCUGC